AUGCUCAGAAGAAAAGUCCUGUUUCAUCAAGAUAACGCCCGUGUUCACACGUCAGUACUGUCAAUGGCUGAAAUUCACAACUGUGGCUUUGAACUGUUACCGCAUCCGCCGUAUUCACCUGAUCUGGCACCAUCAGACUUCUUUCUGUUCCCUAACCUAAAAAAGCACUUGGGAGGUCAAAGAUUUUCGACAAACGACGAGGUCAAAGCAGCUGUAGACGCAUAUUUUGACUCUAAGGAAGAAUCAUUUUUUUUCAACGGUCUAAAUGCUUGGAAGGGGAGGUGGCAAAAGUGUAUUGAACUUGAUGGUGAUUAUGUAGAAAAAUAA